AUGCUACCUAUUUACGCAAUGAAUAGCGCUCAUAAGGAAUUUACAUUUCGAUGUAGUAAAGUCGUUAGGGAGGCACUUCAUCUUUCUAAAAAUGGUUAUAUAAAAAAAAAUUAUGUUAAAUAUCAACAACGGUAUUUUUUUUUUAAAAGAGAAAAAAACAAUAUUAUAAAAAACGAAAUAGAUGAUAUAUUGAAAAAGGAAAAAAAUGAUGCAAUAUACAUGAACAAGCAAGGAGAAAAAGAAAAAUAUUAUUACCAAGACAGGAAUAAUAUAAAAUUUACAAAUAAAAAUGGGAAAUUUAAAAGAUUAUUUAUAUUUAUAGCCUUUCAGAGUAUACCUAUAAUAGGAUUAAUGUAUUUAUUUAAAUAUGUAGAGGAUGUAAAGCUGUCCGAAUUAACUACUUACUCAUUUGAAUCAUCAGAGGAUAUAGUGAAUGAAACUAUAAAGUUAAUAAAUGGUAAUUCUAAAUGUUUUUGUGCCUAUGUGCAAAAUAACGAGAUACACACAUUUUACAUAGACCCUCUGGGUCCCGAAGACUGUGAAAUAAAUUAUGAACGUAAGUCGAAAGGGGACGAUCAAUUAGUUGAAGAUAAAGAAGUUAGCUGCUUAAAUGAGCAUAGUGAAGAGAGUGAAACCCAUGAUGGACGUGGUAAUGAUGGAACUUCUCAACAUGAGAUCAAAUUGGCGGGAGAAGCUGCUUCAAGGGAAGUGAAAAAAAGUAUUAAGGAUUUGCUAUAUGCGAUUAAUGAACCGUUAAUGCAAAAAGUAAUGAGUGUAAAAGCGUCAAAUUCAGAAUUGCCUUUAAAUUAUUUAUAUUUCUGUGUUUCAAAAAAUACAGAUAUACAUGAGUUUUUAAAAAAUAAUAAAGAAAAAAAUAAUAUAACUUUACUAUAUUCUGAUGAAAAAAAAAAUGUGUAUGCUACAUUAACAGGAAAUGCAUCAAUAAUUGAAAAUGAAAAUGUUAAAAAUGUUGUUUGGACUGACAAAUGGUCUUAUUUUAUAUCAGAUAAUUAUAAGGAAAAUUAUAUUUUAAUUAAAUUUACCCCUUCUUCUAUAUCUUUAAAAAUUAUUGGUAUAAAAAACAAACACUGGCAGAGUAAUAUAGUCAAAAGGAUAAUAACUGAUCAUAAAAUAGCAUGGGUAAAAAUUUGA